GUUCACAAAAUAGAAUACUGCGUUUACAGUUCAAUCAGUUUCGUCGAUAGUUGACUUUUUUUCUUCUUAUUUUCAGGACAAUAAAAUACAGAACGAGAAUAACGGAUUCAAAGAUUUAAAAGAUCUGAAACACUAACAAUCUGUUUUGUUGUUUAUUUACAAUUAUAUGUAAACCGGUAUUUGUAUACUGCACUUUUAUUGAUCAUUUCAAAUUUUCAACGAGUUCAAUCAUGUCUGAUGACGAGGAGCUUUCCUAUGUUAAGAGAACAAAAAUUAUCCAUUUUGGAAGUUUAGAGGAACAAGAGCGUCAAAAAUUAGAGAAAGAACAGCAGAAAGAGGAUGAGAGUGAUGAUAGCAAAGAUGAAAGUGAUGAAGAUGAUAUGGGAUCACCUAAAGAAGCCACUUCAUCUGGAAAUAUUAAUGUGGGAGAUGAAUACAUGGAGCUGGAGGAAGAAAUGAACAAAGAGAAACAACUUUUAUUGGAAGAAUUUGAGAGAAGAAAAAAAGCUCGUCAAAUAAAUGUAUCCACUGAUGAUUUUGAAGUUAAAGCAAAUCUACGACAGAUUGGAGAACCAUUAUGUUUAUUUGGUGAAGGGCCUGCCGAGCGUCGAGAAAGAUUGAGACAAAUUUUGGCUAAGCUAGGUGAAGAUGCUCUUAAAAAGCAACAAGAAGAAGAAAAGAAAGAAGAAAUUAAGGAAAAACUAACUGAAAAAACUUGGUAUCAUGAAGGCACCCAAAAUUUGCUAAAAGCUAGACAGUGGAUUGCUGCCUAUUCCAUUCCAAGAGCUAAAGAAAGACUUGCAGUUGCAAGAACAGAUCAACAAGAACCAGAUUCACUAAAGAAUGCUAAGAAACAGGAACAGUACAAGAAAUUGAGGUCUUUAAACAUAAACUGCAGUCAAAUUGGUGACAAAAGACCUCUCUCCUUUUGCCAAUUCAGUCCUGAUUCUAAAAUGUUAGCCACUGCAUCAUGGAGUGGUCUCUGUAAACUAUGGUCAGUUCCAGAUUGUGAAUUAAUUAGGACUCUUAGAGGUCACAAUUGUAAUGUUGGUGCCAUAGUGUUUCAUCCUGAAGCAACUUUGACCCAAUCAGAUACAAGUGUCAACAUGGCUUCAUGCUCUACAGAUGGCACAGUUAAACUUUGGGAUCUAAAAAGUGAUGAACCCAUAGCUGAUUUAGAAGGCCAUGCUCCUCACCGGGUAUCUAGAAUUAUAUUCCACCCUUCUGGUCGAUUUCUAGUCACUUGUGUAUUUGAUAAUUCUUGGAGGUUGUGGGAUUUGGAAGUAAAAGAAGAAAUACUUCACCAAGAGGGUCACAGCAAACCAGUAUAUGAUGCGAGUUUUCAAUGUGAUGGUUCUCUAUUAGCUACAGGGGGAAUGGAUGCGUUUGGUCGCAUUUGGGACUUGAGAACUGGGAGGUGUAUCAUGUUUUUAGCUGGUCAUCAAAAUUCUGUGCUGUCUGUUUGCUUUUCACCAAAUGGGUAUCAGGUGGCAACAGGCAGUGCUGACAAUACUACAAAGAUAUGGGAUUUGCGGAGACAGAAAUGUGAAUAUACUAUUUCUGUUCACACCAACCUAGUCUCAAGAGUGCUCUUUGAAAAAACUCAUGGAGAUUAUUUAAUAUCAACGUCAUAUGAUAAUUCAUUAAAGGUUUGGUCACAUCCUGGAUGGACACCGAUUCAGACAUUGUGUGGUCACAGUGGCAAAGUCAUGGGUGCCGACAUAUCAAACGAUGACCGUUUUAUAGCCACCGCUUCAUUUGACAGAACUUUUAAGCUUUGGUCACCAGAAAGCUAACUUUUUAUAUAUAUUUUUGUAAAAUAUAUGAAGUACCAUGUAAAUAAAUUUUAUUUCUAAUAAAAA